AGUUUAAGCCAGCCAAUAGGCUUGCAGUGCGCAAGGAUUUAAACCAAGACUCCAAGUUAGACUACAGUUCAUGCUUCAGUCUUUGGGUCACAAAACUGCGUCUUAGAAGCAACGGUCUUUUAAUAAUGGCCUUUCGUGCUACAAGAAACCGCUUGGCUUCCACCAGGACGGAACUCGCUGUUAAGACAUGCUCCGUCGCCGCUCCCACGCUCAAGACGCGAGCCGCUCUUGGGGACAUUGGUAAUGUUGCAGCUAAAAAAGAGUCUCAGAAGAAGGUGGUUAAAAACACAAAGGUUCCCGUUGUGACUAAAAAGGCUGAGCCCAAACCAGACAAUGUUCCUGUGGAACAGGUGGUGCCAGCGUCUCCGACUCCAAUGGAGACUUCAGGCUGUGAGCCAGCUGACUUGUGUCAGGCAUUUUCUGAUGUCAUUCUGCACAAUACUAUCAGGGAUGUUGAUGCAGAUGACUGUGAGAACCCUAUGCUCUGCAGUGAAUAUGUGAAAGACAUCUACAAGUACAUGCGUCAGCUGGAGGCUGAGCAGAAUGUCCGAGCCAAUUAUCUUCAAGGCCAGGAAGUGACCGGAAACAUGCGGGCCAUACUUAUUGACUGGCUAGUCCAAGUGAGCCUGAAGUUCCGCCUGCUGCAGGAGACCAUGUAUAUGACUGUAGGAAUAAUUGACCGCUUUCUUCAGGACAACCCAGUCUCAAAGAAGCAGCUGCAGCUUGUCGGAGUGACUGCCAUGUUCCUUGCUUCAAAGUAUGAAGAGAUGUAUCCACCAGAGAUCGUUGACUUCGCCUUAGUGACAGACCAGGCUUACACCACUGCCCAAAUCCGAGAAAUGGAAAUGACAAUCCUGCGUGUGCUGAAAUUUCAACUCGGUCGCCCUCUACCCCUGCAGUUCCUCAGGAGGGCCUCAAAGAUUUAUGAGGUGACUGGAGAGCAACACACACUAGCAAAGUACUUGCUCGAGCUGACCAUGAUCGACUAUGAAAUGGUUCAUUAUCCGCCUUCAAUAGUAGCAAGUGCCGCUUUGGCUCUUACACUCAAGCUCUUGGAUGCAGGUGAAUGGGAUGCGACAUUGCAGCAUUACAUGGAGUACACACCAGACAGUUUGAUUCCAGUCAUUGCACACAUUGCCAGAAACGUCGUGAAGGUGACUGAAGGACAAACUAAGCAUAUGGCUGUCAAAGACAAAUACUCUACCUCAAAACAGAUGAGGAUUGCAACCAUCCCGCAACUCAAGUCUUCUGUAGUGAAAGAUCUUGCGAAGCAGCUUGCCCAGUGAGCUCGUACUUGUAAUGUUAUUUUGUACAGAUGAGACCUUGUAACAAAUGGCCUCUAAAGCUUUUUAUCCCUUUUACGCUGAUUUUAAUCAGUUUUAAAUCUGUAUGAAAGUGUCUAGGUUUUUUUCCCCCCGUAACAUUAAACUGAUUGGAUGCAGGUUUAAGAACAAUACUAAACUCUAUAUUGGCAAUUCUAACGUGUCUGCUCUGAAAGACUAUUUUUGUAGAUUAUGCUUUAAAAUGGUCACAUUUAUGCUGCUGUUCAACUUGUUUACGUUCUGAAAUGUGUUGAUUAAAUGUAUUCACCAAAAGUUAAA